UUCCAAACAUUUACUCUUGAGCAUCUUUCCAGUGAAACUUAACUGACUUCCAGAGACUCCACUGUUGGACCUUUUUUCUUUUUCGGACGUCUGUGCAAGAAUCUUUCUGAGGAGACAUGGUUGCAGCCGGUUUGCAGAUCCUGGGCAUCGCCCUGUGCAUCAUUGGCUGGAUCGGGGCCAUCGUGGCCUGUGCCCUGCCCCAGUGGAAGGUGACGGCCUUCAUCGGUCAGAACAUCGUCACGGCUCAGACCACCUGGGAGGGCAUCUGGAUGACCUGCGUGGUGCAGAGCACGGGCCAGAUGCAGUGCAAGGUGUACGACUCCAUGCUGGCUCUCUCCCAGGACCUGCAGGCCGCCCGCGCCCUCAUCAUCGUCGCUAUCAUUCUGGGCGUCCUGGGCAUCCUCCUGUCCAUCGCUGGGGGCAAGUGCACCAACUGUGUGGAGGACGAAGCCACCAAGGCCAAAGUCUGCGUGGCCUCAGGUGUGAUCUUCAUCAUCACCGGCGUCAUGCUCCUCAUCCCCGUGUCCUGGACAGCAAACACCGUCAUCCAGGACUUCUACAACCCACUGAUGAUGGGCUCCCAGAAGAGGGAGCUGGGAGCGGCGCUCUUCAUCGGCUGGGGGGGCGCGGCCCUCCUCAUCAUCGGGGGUGCAUUCCUCUGCGCCAACUGCCCUCCCAAGGAUAACUUCUCCGCCAAGUACAAUGCCCCACGUUCAUCUGCACCCAGGGACUACGUGUCCGGCUCCGUCCCACUCAUCUUUCUCUUUGGAUUUAAAGCUGCGAGGAGGAAAAUGGUUUCCCAGGGGAUUCAGAUGAUCGGCAUAUCCAUGUCCGUGAUCGGCUGGUUCAUGGUGGUGGUGGUGUGCGCCCUGCCCAUGUGGAAGGUCACCGCCUUCAUCGGCGCCAACAUCAUCACGGCUCAGACCAUCUGGCAGGGCAUGUGGAUGAACUGCGUGGUGCAGAGCACGGGCCAGAUGCAGUGCAAGGUGUACGACUCCAUGCUGGCUCUGCCCCAGGACCUGCAGGCCGCCCGCGCCAUGACCAUCAUCUCCAUCCUGACGGGGAUCUUCGGAGUGGUGGUGGCCAUCGCCGGUGGGAAGUGCACCAACUGCAUUGAGGACGAGCGGUCCAAGGCGAAGGCUAGCAUCCUGGCUGGAGUUCUGUUCAUCGUCUCAGGGCUGCUCUGCCUCAUCCCCGUGUCCUGGUCGGCCAACACCAUCAUCACAAACUUCUACAACCCGAUGAUGCUCGAAGCCCAGAGGUACGAGUUAGGGGCGGCGCUGUACAUCGGGUGGGCGGCUGCAGCUCUCCUGCUGCUGGGGGGGGCACUGCUGUGCUGGAACUGCCCUCCCAAACACGAACAGCCCCACUACGCCCCCAAAUUCACCCCCGUGAGGUCGACCUCCACGUCCAGGGAAUACGUGUAGGAUGGUUUGACCUUCCCACACGGACUCUCAAGGUCACGGGAACAGGAAAGGAAAUGAGAGUUUGCUUUAGGAUUCAAAAACACACAUAUUGAAUAUAUAUGAAAUCACAGCUCGAUGAAACAACAUCACUGUUUCCACUGUUUUUUUCCUGCGUUGGACUUAAACACCAAAACUUGAUUUAUGAUUAUAUUUUAUUUUAAAUGUCUAAGUUUAACAACGAGGAUUACAAAUAUAACAUCUACUUACAGCAGAUUUGCUUUGGAAAUAUCUGCUUUAAUAAAACAAGGAGGUGUCAGUCGUUGCUCUCUCUCUUCUCUGGUGUUUAGUUUAAUAUGUAAAACAUUUUUAUCAGUGUCCUUUUCCUUGAAAUUCCACAUUCAGGUCUUUGAACCUCUUGAUAUCUCUGUGUUUGAUUGUGAAUGUUGUACUUUUCUAG